GUGCCGAGGCGAGCUCCGUCCAAAAGAAAAUGGGGUUUGGUGUAAAUCUGGGGGUGUAAUGUUAUCAUAUAUCACGCUACCUCGUAAAACCGACACUGAAAGCUGCCGGACAACAAAUCACAGGUCAAAAUUAUGAGUUCUUCGUAUUAUGUGAACGCGCUUUUUAGCAAAUAUACGGCGGGGGCUUCUCUCUUCCAAAAUGCCGAGCCGACUUCUUGUUCCUUUGCGCCCAACUCGCAGAGAGGCGGCUACGGGGCGGGCGCCGGCGCCUUUGCCUCGACCGUGCCGGGCUUGUACAAUGUCAACAGCCCCCUGUAUCAGAGUCCCUUCGCGUCCGGCUACGGCCUGGGCGCCGAUGCCUACAGCAACCUGCCCUGCUCCUCCUACGACCAGAACAUCCCCGGACUCUGCAGCGACCUCGCCAAAGGCGCCUGCGACAAGGCGGACGAGGGCGCGCUGCACGGCUCGGCCGAGGCCAAUUUCCGCAUCUACCCUUGGAUGCGAUCUUCAGGACCCGACAGGAAGCGUGGCCGCCAGACCUACACGCGCUACCAGACGCUGGAGCUGGAGAAGGAGUUCCACUUCAACCGCUACCUGACGCGCCGCCGCCGCAUCGAGAUCGCCCACGCGCUCUGCCUCACCGAGCGCCAGAUCAAGAUCUGGUUCCAGAACCGGAGAAUGAAGUGGAAGAAAGAGCAUAAAGACGAGGGACCGGUGGCCGCCGCGGCCCCCGAGGGCGCCGGGCCUGCAGCCGCCGCCACCACCUCCACCGCAGCUGUCGCAGACAAGGCUGAAGAUGAGGAAGAGGACGAUGAAGAAGAGGAAGAGCAGGAGGAGGAGGAAUGAGCGGCUUGGCCCAGUCCAGGGACAGUCGGAAAAAAGCGUCUUUAAGUGACUCACUGAUUUUAUUUACGAAAUGGGGAGGGAAAUAAA